AUGGCAACAAAAGCAAAAGAAAAUUCAGUUGUUGGAAAGGAGAAGAAGGUCACAUCUUCAAAUUCUCACAUCACAACCACCAAAAGGACCACCAAACCCUCCACAGCAACAACUACAACCUCCACAACAACAACAACUAGCUCCAUUAAGAAGCCUAACUCAACCUCUUUAGCAGAGAAAAACACCCCCAACUAUCUCAAGCCCACUUUAACUUCACGCCAUGAAGUGCCCUCUUCCAAACAACCCAAAACUAACUCUCCCAACAACAAGCCUUCUGAAAUCAGAAGAAGAUCUAUGGACAAACCACGUACCUCUUCAAACUUGACAAGAACUGCCUCACGUAGGUCUUCCAUUGGCCCACUUGCUAAAACUACUAUCCCUUCCAAACCCAUUUCAGAUAGGACCUCAAAGGCCCCUAGUGAUGGAAAAACUAGGCCACCACUUCUCACAAAGGUUCCAAAGAAAACCACCCCUACUACUUCCACUGCUACCUCUACAAGCACCAGGAAGGUAGUAGCCAAUAGGGAUCAUGGUUCUGUUAAGUCAACAAAGUGCAUUCUUAGGAAAACUGCAAAACCUGUAAGUGUUGAAACUGAGCAAGUUAUUAAGGAAGUUACAAGCCAAGAAAGUGAAGUGAUAAAGGUGGAGAACGAAGCACGCAAAGUACAUGAGGUUGAACAUGUGGUUGAUAUCUCACCUGAUGUUGAAUCCGCACAUGAGAUUGAAAAUGUUCACGGCCUUCAGAACUCUGGUCCAUCUCAUUAUCUAGUUGAUGAUGAUGAGAGGGUAAUUUCUACAGUGCCGGAAGCAGAAAAAGAGUCACUUGAAGAGAAAGCAAAAGAUGCGGAACAUGAAGUAGAGGAAGAUAAAGAAAACCAGGAUGAAGGAGGCAAUAAGGAAAAUGAGAGUGAAGGUGAAGUUGUUGUUAGUGAUGCAGGUAAAAGUGAAAGUGAAGGUGAAGGUGAAGGUGAAGGUGAAAGUAGGAUUAUUGUAAUGGAAGAUCAUAGAAGUGAGAACAACAACAACAAUGAAGGAGAGGCAGUGGAGGAAGGAAAAGUAGUUGAAAAGGUAGAAGAGGCCAAGGGUGAGGCAACACCAUCAAAGCAAUCAUUAGAAGAAAGGAAAAAUGGGAAAAAGGAGGCUCAGAUAUUCAAUGAUGUGAUUGAAGAAACUACAAGCAAGCUUAUGGAGGCAAGGAAGAACAAAGUGAGGGCUAUGGCUGGGGCAUUUCAAACUGUAAUUGAUCAUCAAGCCACAUCAAUAUGA